GAGCCCUUACGGUACCUAGGUACAACCCGUCCACGGACUGCUGCGAUUCCACCCCAGUACCACGCGCUUCCCAGCAUAACACACAUCCGAGGAAGGGAAAUGAGACGCCAGGCAGUUCUGGAUCCUGAAUCAACAGAGCGAAAGUGUAUCCACUUUCACCAUCGAUCUAGCUCCAGUUUUCUUCUGUCUUGGUCGUGAGUGGUCGCCGAGGUGUAGAAAACGAAAAUGACCAUGUUCACCGUGCGCUGCGGUGUGUGUGUUGGAUCUGCGUAGACACGAGACAUAUGUCUUCAUUCCCUCUGCGCCAUUCCCACAGAGAAUCGCGACCUAUCGCCGACUGCUCCACUUUCGCGCCUGCUGAAUGAUCGGAGAAAGACGAGGCAAGACCAGGUCACACUGUCUAUGCAGUGUCGCUGACUCUCGGUUUUUUUUGCUGCAUGCGGCGACGGCGAAAAGAGUCUUGCAGAUGCGGCUGCGAGGCGAAGCGUCACGGCCCAGUGGCACUUGAGAGUUGUUCUUUCUCCUUUUUCUAGUGCGCCUGCCGCAGAAUCCGUCUCUUCCGUCUUCCAUUUCCUGCCGUUUCUCGCCGACUUCGUAUCGUAGUGCCUUCGCGGAAAGCGCAGACACAGCGCUGCUGCCGCCACCUGCUACAGCUCUCUCCUUGUUUCACUGGCGCGUCCCACGACCGAUUCGACUGCCUUUUUCUCCCCGUCAUCCGCCUUCUUACGCGGGCAGACGUCCACAGCUGUUUCAGGAAACCUUUCUUGCCGCAAACCGAGAGUCGGAAAGAGCUGCGCUAUGUGGGGGUGCAUACACCGUCGACCCUCCAGCUUGCUGCACAGUGCAUAUCCGAAAUACUCGCUUGUCCGCGCUUGUGAUAUCCAGUCGAGUUUCAGCUUCGUGGAAGUUCAGGAGGCCUUCUUCGUGUGGCGUCUCCCGCCGUCAAAUGCCGGCAUGGAGAAGCCAAGUCUUGCUGCCUACCGGUUCCGCAUGUCUUGUGCGUCCUCCAGUUUUGCGACUUUUCCUUCAGGAAAGCUUUUCAGAGAUUCGAGGUGUGCUCAACCGUAAGCCGCCUCGAAUCUUGUGCGUCGGAUGCAGUGACUAGGGCCGACAGGGUAUCUCUCCCUUCGGCGCCUCACGGUGCUCCAGCUCCGUCUCUCGCUGGCCUCUUGCCUUGCCCGCCUCAUUCUCUUCUUUCCUGUCUUUUCUCUCUUGUCUUUCUUUUCUUUCGUCUGCCCUCUUCCCCUUGAACUCUUCUUUUGCAUCCAUUUCUCUCUCUGUCUGUUGUCUUCUCGUCCGUCUCUUUGGACUCCGUGUUCUUUCUCCUCGCGUACAUCUGUUCCUCUCUCUGCUCUUCUCUUUCCUCUCGUCUGUCUCUGUUCUCUUUCUUCUGCUUUUGCGUAUCGUUCUUCUCGCGUCGGGAAGAUGCCUGUCGCAGGUGAAGCAGUCGAGAUGCCGGUUCCGGCGGGCGGCUUUUCUGCGUCUUUGGGGUCUGCUCCUCCAGCCCUGUCUCCGUUGUUUUCUUCUCCUUCUGAGCUUCUGUACACGUUCUUUCCACUCGUUGUGCUCUUUGUCUGUUUCCACGCAAUCAGUUCGAACUCUCCGUCUUCUCCUUCGCUCUCGAUUUCAGCCUCGAUUCGCGCCUUUCGCCUGCACCUCGCCGCAGUCCACCACAGCCUCCCCACCUCGCUCUUCUCCCUGAACGUCCUCCUCUCUCCCGCUUUCCUCUGUCUCCUUCUGCCCUACGCCUCCUUUCUGCUGCUGCGCCUGCUCCCGGCUCUGUCCUUGGAGCCUUCGAUUCCACCGAGUGCAGUCGCCGUCACGUACUCCGACCUCUUUCAGUCGCCCUCCGUCUUCUCUCUCCCCGCCGCCGAGACCACCCAACUCGCAGGCGAGAGGAAGAAACGGCUGUUUCUUUCCUUCUUCUCGCUCCCAGAUCCCCAAACCUUUUCGCCUCUCCUGCGCUUCCUCCUCCAUCCCUUCUACCUCUCCCAGAGCUCCGUCGUCUUCUGGCUGGGCGUCGGCCCCUUUCUGCUCUACUCCUGUGCUGUGUACAUACAGCAGGCGAUCGAAGAGGAACGCAGAGGCCUGACACUCGCCCAGCAGACGGACAGACAGAUCUCUUCUCCACGACUGCGCGCUGCCCUCGCGAUUCUCAUUUGCCUCUACAUGCCUGCAGUCUUCAUGACAUGGCUUGUCGCUCAUGUCUUCCCCACAGCCGAGGCGCAGCCGUUCCGAUACUUUGGAGUCAGCGGGACGAUCUACGCUCUCGCCGCCGUCGUCUUCUUCUAUGAUCCCGUGGUCCACAGCGGCAUGUUUGCGGAUCCUUCGAUUCAGUUCCCGCUGCCGCUGCACGUCCGUAGCGUGACGUCGGUGCUCGUUUUCUUUCUCUUUCUUUUCUCGCCGCCUCCUGGCGACCUUCUUCUUCUUCUCUCCGGCGCGCUGUCCGCCGUCCUCGCCGUCGCGGCAGCCACGGUGCCGCCGUUCUUCGGUGUCUCUGGCGCUGUGGCGGCUUUCUCUGCAGUCACCUCGGCUGUCGCGUUCGGGGGCCGUCUGGGCAUCUCACACACUCUGGUCUCGUCUGUUUCGUCGCUCUUCUUCGUCGACUUGGGUCCUCUCGACUCCGGCGCCGUGUCUCCCGCAGGAAAGGAAUACAUGCGCGUCUCUUCAGACGGAGCAGCGCCGCCAGAUCCCCUCACCUGGACUGUCGCAGGUCUCUUCCUCGUCUUCGCGGGGGGUAUGGCUCUCGCCGGCGCCUGCUGGCGCUGGGCGUCUCUCCUCGACUGGCUUGUCCACGCCGUCAGAGACGGGAGGAGCGUACGGGCUCGCUUGACAUCUGCGGCGGUCAUGGUGGCUUUCACCUGUCUCCCUUUUUCGUUUUCUUCUCUCCCGUCUCUCGGGGAGCUUUUCUCGGAUCCGCUGAAGACCUUGCGCAGCUUGCCCGUCGGCGAUCCGAGCUUGUACGCGGUCACUUGCACCGAGCGAACUGUGCUUCUGGGGUCGAUUGGAGCGAAGACCGCGGCAUUCUGGACACCCUUGUUUGGGAUGGGAGGUCGAAGCCGUAAACUCAAGUACUUCAUUGGCCCUCUCCUGUUGUUCCUUCUCUUCGUCGGAAUGACGAGCGAGCACUGGCGGCGGAUCGGUCCCGGAUUCAUCGGCACGGUGUUUUCUUUGUAUCAGUUGUUGGCGCUCCAGCCGCAGGAGGAACCGUGAAAGGAGAAGUACGGAAGCGUUGAAAAAGAGAAGCCGGGGGAGCCCGUUGACCUCUCUAGAGUGCUGAGCGGAGACGUUUGUGUGGCUGCUCUCCGGCUUCUCUGGUGACGCUGGACGCGUCGUGAGAGCUCGGAGGUUUCGACGGUCGUGCGGCACUGCGGCGCUCUCUGCCGCUUGGAGGAGAACGGUGGUUUGACUCCUCUUGUGCACCCCGCUCGAGCGGAAGACAUUUAUGUGACCUGCGUCCGGCUCGGGAUACUCGGCAAAGACAUGCAUCCGGUGAAAAUCUCAAAAAAAAGCCCAGAAACUCGUGCGUGGGAGACCGGCGCGGGUCGUGCGGUGUACGCACAGCGGGAAGUCCCGGGUGCGAGCUGGGGAACUGUGUGCUUUCCGUUUUCAGCCGCUCUCGGCGCUUCUGCGCGUUUCUGUCGGCCAAAAAAACGUAUGUUUGCGUCACAACGCACGGGUAAUCGAUUGCCGCUCCCUCCGCAAAAGAGGGCGCCUCAUCAGUGCUUGCUUCGUGGAAAGGAAAGACUUGGUGGAGAAGGGUGCGAGGAAAGCGCAAAAAAAGUCAAACGGGGGGGCUUCUCCCGUCUUGGCUCUGCAGUGCUGUCGUGGAGACCUCUUUUCUUCCGGCGCCUCGCACCACUGGCCCAGAUGCUCUUCAGAAAUCAUUUUUUGAAACACUCUGCAUCAGCUUCUCUUCGAUCUGACAGGCAACUGGCCAACGCGUGGAACGCGACUUUCUAGACUCAGUCCUGGAACAUACGUGGAAACAACACACGUAUAAAUUGAAAAUGCAUGUGCAGCCCUGUCAGUCCGUCGCGGCAAAGUCUCCCUCCUAAUGUUUGUCUGUUCCGGGCACAUUUCGCUAAAAAUUGUGGAGAAACCUAGAAUUCGCACUUUCCACUGCGGAACACGGCAAUCAUAGAGACCUUGGUUGUCUGUAUCUCACGAGUCGAACAUUUAGUAGCCUAGGAACAAAGAUGUCAGUAGCCACAGAGAACUUGGCUGCAUGUACCUCGUGAGUCCUACUCAGUAUCGUACGUAGUAGAGGGUCUCUGUUCACCUGGAGAGUGGACACAAAUACAUGCGCCUUUGCAGAGAACCUGGACCAAGCCGAAUCCGGAAAUUCCGACGGUUAGACGCACCUGUGUUCCUUGAUACUUACACGUGUGUAGAUGCCUUCUCGCUUCACAUGGCGAGUUUUUCCCACUUGAAUCCUGGUCUCUUUACCACCGCAGACAAUUCCUCAUUUCCGCG